AUGGAGAAAUUUGACAUUUCCCUUGACGUGAUGAAGAUGCACUACACGUUGAAGUUCAAUCCCAGAGUCAUCCAAGAUUUAGAAGAUGAGGAUGAUUUGGAUAACGUGGUUUCCCAUAGUGAUGACUUUGCAAAUGUAUACCUAGUAGACUUACCCUCUGUGGAAGCCAUUGAAGCAAAUAUCCCGAAUUCACAGUUGGCAUUUCGAGAUCCACCUAUCACGUUCCCGUCCUCUAAUGCAUCAUGCGAUCCAAUUCGUAACACUAUGAUGCUAUCAAGAGGAUUUGCGUCGCGUGCUGCAGAUACUGAGUACAUCCCUUUGGAAUCGAUUCGUUUUCGUGAGGCAAUAUUAGGGUCGGGACAUACAUUUAAAAAUGCCGAGGAGUUUCGCAAUGCAAUUUACCAGAUGUCAUUAGGUGGAAGGCUAAGAGAAAUAAACCCGGGCACAAUUGCGGAGUACACUUCCCAAGAAGGUCACUUCAUGCAAUUGUUCAUUGCCCAUGCAUUUUCAAUUCAAGGGUUCAUCAUGGGGUGUCGACCUGUAUUGGCUAUUGAUUCGUGCCACCUAAGCGGUCCAUAUAAGGGAGCUCUUUUGUCUGCCAUUGCAUAUGAUGCAGAUGAUGGAAUGUUCCCUCUGGCCCUUGGUGUGGUAAGUUCAGAAAAUUAUGAGGACUGGUAUUGGUUUUUGGAUAAAUUAAAGGGGGUAUUAGAUGGUAAAGAAGUUGUUAUUAUAUCAGAUAGACAUCAGGGAAUCUUGCGUAGUGUUUCCGAGUUGUUUGGGACAGGAAAUCAUGCGUAUUGUUAUCGACAUGUGAAGGAAAACUUUUCUAGCUUCUUCAAUAAGCAAACGAUUCGAGGAAAGAAAGGAAAAGAAGAUGCUUUGCUACUUUUGGACAGCAUUGCGUAUGCUAGGUUGGAAAUAGACUACAAUGAGGCAUUUGAAAAACUUGUGCGCUUCAAUGAGAACCUAGCAAAAUGGGUUGCGGAAAACAAUCCCGAACAUUGGGCAAUGUCAAAGUUUCUUAAAAAGCGCUGGGACAAAAUGACAACUAACAUUGCAGAGGCGUUCAAUGCAUGGUUAAGAGAAGAGCGUCACCAAACAAUUUAUACUUUAUUGUUAAUGCACAUGGAUAAACUUGUAGCCAUGUUGGACAGCCAUAUGCGUGAUACACAAAAGUGGAAGAGCGUGGUUGGACCGAAAACUGAAGAGAAGUUAAUGUCAAAUAUCAUGAGGUCUGGUCCGAUUAGUGUGCUACCCUAUUUGGGAGGGACGUUUAAGGUGUUUACUGGAGAAGUUUAUUUGGUUGUCGAUAUGAAUCAACGGACGUGUACUUGCAUGACAUGGCAAAUGUCCGGUUUGCCAUGUGCACACGUAUGUGCUGUCAUCCGCACACUGAGACACGACGUGUAUGACUAUAUUGACCCAUGUUUUCAUGUCUCCAUGCAAGAUUUGAUUUACUCGGGUCAGUUUCAACCAUUACCAACACACAAUAUGCCGAAACUUUGUGACGAUCGAGGAUAUGUUAUAGAUUGCGCGGGCAACUCCUUUCCUGCUUGCCAACCCCCUCAUGUGAGACGCCCUCCAGGAAGACCCCGACGAUUGCGCAUUGAAUCACAGUUUUGUCAUAAGAGAGCAAUUCAUUGCUCGCGAUGCAAUGGAAUAGGUCACAACCGCUCUAAAUGUAAUAAUCCAUUGCCGUGA